ACAGCGCCGGCUGCAGCAGGUCUGUUGUGCAUCAGCCAUGGGAGGCUCGGUGUCUUGCUGCAUCUCUCCCGGGGAGAGCCCCAAGAUCCACAGGAGGGAGGUGGAGCUGGAGGAGUGUCCCAUCACCACCACCGAGGACGUGAGCGAGGACACCGGGACCUACCUGCAGCACAUCAGCGACCGGGAGCUCCCGGACGAAUUGGCUCAAGAGGCCAACCCGUCCGAUCACCCCAGAGCCAGCACCCUCUUCCUCAACAAGUCGCAGACAGACGUGCGCGAGAAGAGGAAAAGCAACUACCUGAAUCACAUGUCCCCGGGGCUCCUGACGAAAAAGUACAGCUCCUGCUCCACGAUCUUCAUCGACGACAGCACGGUCAGCCAGCCCAACCUCAAGAGCACGAUCAAAUGCGUCGCGUUGGCCAUAUACUACCACAUAAAGAACAGAGAUUCAAACCGCUCGCUGGAAAUAUUCGACGAGAAGAAGCACCCUCUGUCGCGAGAAAAGGUUCCAGACGACUACUCGGUCGUGGAUCCGGAACACAAACUCAUCUACCGCUUCAUACGAACGCUGUUCAGCUCCGCACAGCUCACUGCUGAGUGUGCCAUCGUCACUCUGGUGUACCUGGAAAGGCUGUUGACGUACGCUGAGAUGGACAUCUGUCCUUGUAACUGGAAGCGAAUUGUUCUCGGUGCCAUCCUGCUGGCCUCCAAAGUCUGGGACGAUCAGGCGGUGUGGAACGUCGACUACUGCCAGAUCCUCAAAGACAUCACAGUGGAGGACAUGAACGAGAUGGAGCGCCACUUCCUGGAGCUGCUCCAGUUCAACAUCAACGUCCCAGCCAGCGUCUACGCCAAGUAUUACUUCGAUUUGCGCUCACUGGCCGACGACAACAACCUCAGCUUCCCUCUCGAGCCACUGAGCAAUAAGCGGGCCCAGAAACUGGAGGCCAUCUCCAGGCUGUGCGAGGACAAGUACAAGGACCUGAGUAAAGCUGCUAUGAGGAGGUCUAUCAGUGCCGAUAACCUGGUUGGCAUCAAGAACUCCCAGGCUGUGUUGUCUUAGGUCUGCUACAGCCUAUCGAGGAGGAUCGACGGGCUUAGAGCGAUGCUAUGGUUGGACAACAUUCGCCAAGAGACAUUUCCAAAGUAAAUUAAUAUCAGUAACUGAAAAGUACCAAUACAAAAUAUAAAACACUGACUUUGGAGAGGAACAAAAGACCAGAAGUUUACCAUACAAUAUCUGUUAGGAAUGAAUCCAGUCUCUGUGUGUUCAUUACAAAGAACUUAAGCUAUCUGCCUUUAAAGCAUGGGUCAUUUGGUGAAAUAUUUUGCAAAUUGUCACUUUUUUUUUUUCAAGUGGUGGAUGUGUAACCAUGGAAGGAAUCCGCAUGACAACGCUUCUUGAAGUCACAAAUUGAGGACCUCAUCUUCUUCAUUUUUUUAUGAUUUUUACAUCAGCGGUCUUUUUUGGGGGAGUCGUUUUAAUCAGGUGCUUCGGCCGUCUUCUCUCUUCCACCAGCCGUGUCCCCCCCCCCCCACUCCUUUUAUUCACAUGAUGACAAAACUGUCUCGAACUACCCUGUGGUGUAGUUCUGCACAUGGACAAAGAGUAGACUUUGUUUUGCUUACUAUGUAGGCCCCUAUAGCUGUGAAAUGUACCAGACUUUAUUUAAUUCAAAUAAAUUUCAGUCGCUGUUUAAAAGUCGAGGCUGCUUAGGUGGGGAAAAA